GGGUUUUAGCAAUGGACUUCUCCACACGGAUGGCUCUCACUUCCUCGUUUGCCCUCCGCCGUCUACUUGGGCCUGCUACUUCCUCCUCACUGCCUCUGCGGAAGAGCUUGUCGCCCCUCGCCCCCUACCGUUCUUCUUCGUCAUCAUCCUCUUCCUCUCCCACUCCGUCCAUCUUUCCCUUCGAUGAUGACACCCACGCCAACCUUCCUCCCCUCACCACGCCUAAGCUGUUUGUCAGCGGACUUUCAAGGUUAACCACUGAUGACAAGCUUAGAGAAGCAUUCUCUCCAUUUGGACAGCUGCUUGAAGCGAAAGUCAUCACUGAUAGAAUCUCAAGAAGGUCCAAGGGGUUCGGUUUUGUUAAAUAUGCAACCAUAGAAGAGGCCGAGAAGGCACGAUAUGGAAUGAACGCCAAGGUUCUUGACGGAUGGGCUAUCUUUGUCGAUCCUGGAAAACCAAAACAGCCAAGAUCACCAAAUGCUCCACAACCUCAAACUUCUGAAGACGGCAUCAAGACUAACAAAACUAUUGGUUGGUGUGGUUGAUCAUUUAUACACUACAUGCACCCUACUUUGUAAUUGGACUUGAUGUAUUAUGGCUGGUGUGUUGAAAUUGUAAUAAAUUAAAAUAUAUCGAGACAUUAAGAUUUUCGUUGAUGCGAGGUUCGUGUAUUGCAACACUUUUUUUUAUAUAGACAUAAUUUCUUUUAUUUUAUAA